CAUGAAAAACACUUGAUCCUUCCAAUCUAAGAAAAAAAACGUAUUUUUCUCACAAACAUUUUUUUUAGAAGUAGCGCGCAUGUGAUUAUUGUUUAUGUUAUAUUUCAGUUUUCAUACACGGAUUUACCGGAUAUUUAUCAGUUACAAUUUUAAGUUUCAAGCUGUUAGUUUUAAUUAUAUGUGUGUGUUCUAUGAAUAAGGGGAAAGGAAAAUGUAUAUAAUAACAUGUUGCGUUGAGUUUGGCUCAAACUAGUGUUUUUAAAACAAUUUUAGUAUUGCAGAAAUUCUUAUCUUGGUUAAAAUUGUUCACGGGAAUCAAGAAACAAGUAAGCUGUGAUGACUGCAGGAGAAAACAUGUCUCUGCUGGUUUUAAUUGCUCUCCUCAGUUCUGUAGCUGCACAGUCUGCACUAACUCAUGUAUCACCUUUCUUCUUUCUUUGCAAUUACCAUGGCAACGUCCAAGAACUGGGACAACGCACUGGUGAGGUGAAAAUUAGUGUGUCAAUACAGGGAAACCCUGAUGUGUACACUCCAGAACAAUUAUACGAGGUGACUGUAUUAUCAAGCAUGAAUUUUGAUGGUUUUCUUCUCACGGGACUGUACACACGUUCUGAAAAUGGUGGUGGAAGGAUGCAUGGUCAAGGGCAGAACCUGAUGUGUUCUAUUGUUCAUACACAUAUGUCUAGCCCACCUGUACAUGAAUUCAAAUUUGUCUGGAUAGCUCCCCCUGCUGGAACAGGAUGUGUCAACUUUCUGGCGACAGCAACACUAAGGCAAGAGCUUUUAUUUAAAGAUACAACAGUGCUACAACUUUGUGAAGCAGAUGAUAUGAAAGGACCAUUGAGACCAGUUAUGGCUGAUAUUCAUACAGAUCAUGUUAUAUUUAGAGAUGACUUUGACUCUUAUGAAACAUUUGCACCAGAUCUAUGGUUAAGACAUGAAGGUGCUUUUGUUGAACAGUCAUGUGGAUCUAUAUUCUUUGGAAAUGCUGCUGUAUUCUGUGAAAAAACUGGUCUUCGGGAACUGGUGACGAUGCCCUUAAACACAACAUCUGCAAGUGUUUUACAGUUUGCAUUUGGUACUGGUAAUUGUUCAGUAAAUGAUGAAGUUGUAAGUAUUGAUGUCUCGUAUGGACUGAAUAAUUGUCGUGAUUGGCAUAUAUUGGAUACAUUCAGGGCUUCAAAAAGUGAAGUAACAGAAACGGUUCUUGUUUAUCUACCAAUCAAAGCUAGAGGUGAAGGCAUUUGUUUUUCAUGGAAAGAAAGUCAAGCAGACAUCCUUCUUCAAACAACACAAUCUACUACUUUGGGAGCAACAGAACCUCCCCUCGGACAUACGAUACCAAUAAUAAUAAGUGAUGAGGGUAGCACAACAGAAGUUGUUACUGGCAGCACCAUGGAAAGCUAUGGAUAUAUGUCAACAACUGAUACGCCUACAACUACAUUACACAAUGUCCCCUUACACACUGCACAAACUACUUACCACUCUAUUCAUGAUGUAGAAGUUCAAGAUCAGCCUUUAAAUGAUGAAACGUCCAAAAUAAAACAUGGCCAUAAGACUAAAAGUAGUUCAGGACAUAGAAAAAUAGUGUACAAAGUGGGUACUAAAACAGUUGGUGGAAACAGUCAACCAGGAGAUUCAGCCACUAUGUACAGUGGUUGCUGGGCAAUAGACCAGGUAGUGAUUGUCAACACAGCUCAUGCUCCAUCAACACUACAAGAUUCAUUUCAACCUGUAGACCCAAGUAAUUGGUUAUCUUUCCCAGGUGCUUAUUUUAAGCAUCAAUGUCAUUCAGAAGACACAGCUAUGGUAUUUAAUCAACAAACAGGUGUAUCAGGAGUCUCUACUCGAGACAUUAAUCUGUCACCAAGUAAUUCCUCCGCUGAUAUCAUUCUUGAGGAACAAUUUGAAUCAAAGUCACAACCUGGCUGGGAAGUGACAGGUGGCCAUGUAGAUGUUAGCUGUGGUGAGAUAUACUCCUCUAAUUCCAUGGUAUUUAAUGCUGCUGUCAAAAGUAGGAAGAUUUGCACACCGUUGAUUGAUAUAAAGAAGGCAGGAGCACUCAGAUUCCACUUUGGCAUGGGAUCUGGCGGUUGUCAUUUUAGUGAAGAAAAGAAAUCAGAAGUUUUAGUGUAUAUGGAAGAUGAUAAUGCCCAAACCUUGUAUAUCAUAAAAAAACUUUAUGUUCAAUCUUAUAAGCAAGCUCGCCUUGUAUCAAUUCCAUUGAAGCAAGUAGAUAAAUAUGAAAGUGGACGGAUCUGUUGGCUUCAGAAGUAUACUGGAGGUCUUGAUCAGUAUGUGUGGGCUAUAGACAACAUUCAAGUUUUACCAGACUUUCCACAGAAAUCAGACAUUGAUAGUGAUAAAAUGCUACAGUUUUCAAUGAAUUUAAGAUGUGGAAACAAUCCAGAGAAAAAUCAGGUGGAACUUGAAUUUUCAACAGAUUAUGGUGAAAAAUGGCACCCACUUGUAGAAAAUUGUUUACCAGGACAGUGUAAUAGAAAAUACAAUCCAACACCAUCAACAUUUCAAACAAGUCAGUUUGAAAAUUGGAAACGUUUCACCACCCAUGUGCCAUAUGCUGCACAAGUUCCUAGUGUGAGAUUUAAAUGGAAGAAGAUCUCCAGUGAUGACCCCAACUGGGCUCUUGAUAAUAUAUUUAUUGGUUCUUGUCCUUCUGGAUGUAAUGGACAUGGUAGAUGUAUGGACAAUGCUUGCAUAUGUGAUUUUGGAUACACUGGUUCAACUUGUUCAGAAUCUGUUGUUCCUAAUCCAACAACUAUUGUCGAGAACUUUGAAGGAACCAAUCUGUUUACUAGUGCAAUAAUAGAAGAAGUUAAAGGAGGCAUUCUUGGUUUUCAAUGUGAUGUUUUGUCAAGUGGAAAAGCUGUUGUGUUCAACCAAGACGGUAUUAGGGAGCUUGUAACCAGAGAGUUGAACACAAGUGACGGCAUGUAUAUACAGUUUAAUAUACGUGUAGGAAGCUACUCAUCGGUGUCUGACUGUCCUGCACCGGAAGAUACUAAGGAGCUUGUAAUUCUUGAUGUUUCCUGUGAUGGUGGUGUAACAUGGAAUCUUCUGAAAACAUUCAAUAUUUUCGACUAUCGGAAGCCAAUGUCUGAUUCGGUGAAGUUACCAGAUAUUGCAAGAGGUAGUAAUUGUAAGUUUCGAUGGUUUCAACCGGAACAUUCAGGCUUUCAUAAUGAUGUAUGGGCUUUGGAUGACAUAAAUUUGAAUGACCAUCUUUUCAACACAAUACAUGUUCAUAUGACAAGCCUUGAUGAUUUUGAUGAAAAACUAACUGUCACAAAUGGCAAACUCUCUGAUCAUUAUUGUAAUAGGAUGAAAAGUAUAAGCUUUAUUGGGAAACCGGAAGGAAACUUUUCUCGAAUAUUGACAACAGAGUCGAUGCAUGUUGGACCAGGUUAUAUAUUACAAUUUGAACUUGUAAUGGGAUGUGGUCUGCCAUAUUCUGAAAUAAAGGACAACCAUGUGUAUCUUGAAUAUUCAACUGAUCACGGCAUACAUUGGGACCUUGUAAUAGAACCGUGUCUGCCGCCCGAGCCAUGUGAUCCUAUACAUGAAGGGACAAUAUAUGACUGGACACGAUAUAAGGAGUGGACACGUGUAACAAUACCUUUACCAGAAACUUCUUGGGGACCAUCAACUAGAUUUCGUCUGAGACAAUCGGAUUGGACAAACACAGAUACUUGGGGUGUGGCUAGACUUUAUAUUGGUCAGCAAUGUCAUAAUAUGUGUCAUGGACAUGGAGAUUGUAACGAAGGAAUAUGCAUAUGUGAUGAAGGAUAUGAAGGAGAUGAUUGUCACCCUGCUACACACCUCAAUGAUAAAAUGCAGGCAGAUUUUGGUAUACGCUAUCACCCUGACACUGACUUUGAGAGUAUACGAGGAGGAAAAGUUGUCAGCAAUAAUCGGGGAUGUGGCAAUAUUCACUCAGAUGAAUCACUUUAUUUCUUUGAUAAUGGCGUGAGGGAACUAGUAAGUAAAGACAUGGAUACACGUAAUGCAGAUUAUAUACAAUUCUACAUACGUAUUGGUGGUGGUGGUCAAUAUUGUAAUGGUGGAGAUCAUAGAUCGGAAGGUGUUAUUCUACAAUAUUCAAACAAUGGUGGCGUCACAUGGAACCUUCUUGAUGAGCUUGAAGGCACUUUGUAUUUAACACCUAAGCUAGUUUCAAAUGACUUGCCUAAAGAUGCAAAAUCACCCAGUACACGAUUUCGCUUGUGGCAGCCUAAACACUCUGGAAAAGGAUACAAUCAAUGGGCUGUGGAUGAAAUGCAACUCGGACAAUACGAAAACCUCCCGUCACUGGAAGAUGAUUUUAACGGUUCUACAGAGCCGCUAGAUUCUAAUAUGUGGAUGACAGUAGCUGGUGGUGUGAUUGGCAAGUAUUGUAACUCACAGAACCCAGUCCUUAUCUUGGCUAACCGCGAUUCAGACAAAAAAGUCAUCACCAAAGACCUUAAUUUGCAAGUCGGGGAUGUCAUUCAAUUCAAGAUUAAUGUGGGAUGUAGUAACCAGUUUAGAUGGAACCAUCCAGUGUUUUUUCAAUAUUGGCCAAGGGGUGGUAAUGGAUUUCGUCUAGUUCAAGAGGCGUGUUAUCAAGAGAUGGCUUGUGAUGGUAGAAACACAGAAGGCAGUGUGUAUUAUGCUGGCCCUCAAGGUCAUUGGCAACUUGUUGUCAUACCUGUCACAGAACAACUUGCUAAAUAUCCUAUAAUUUUGAGAUGGUGGCAGCCAGGAGGGUAUCCAUACAAUUUUGCCCUAGAUGAUGUAUAUAUUGGUCCUCCAUGUCCUGAUAACUGUCAUAGAAAUGGUGUCUGUAAAAAAGGUGCUUGUGUUUGUGAUACACAAUCAGAAGAUCCCACAUGCCAAUCUGAUGAUCCAACUCCAUAUGGAAUGUUAGAUAGAUUUGAACAAUUACAUCGUCCAUCAGAUUUCUGGAAACGUAUCUGGGGAGGCCAUCUAGGGGUUAGUUGUGGAAUUGUUGAUUCAGGAAAUGCCUUAAUUUUUGACGGUGAUGGUACAAGGGAAGCUGUGACGGUUGCACUGAAUACCACAUAUCUAAGGAUUCUAGAGUUUGUAGUGAAGAUAGGUAGUACAGAUAAGAAGUAUCAGUGCAUUCAGCCAUCAUCUCCAAAUGAAGGAAUUAUUUUAGACUUCUCAACAGAUAACGAAAUUACCUGGCAACUACUAAAGGAUAUUGAACCAAUAUUGUACAAUGGAACACGAGAGCGAGUGGUUCUAGAGCUGCCAGCAGAAGCUAAAACAGAAAGAACUAUAUUCAGAUGGAGACAACCAUUAGGUUAUGGUGGGAUGACUCGAGCAGAAUGGGGACUUGAUAGAGUUACAAUAGGAGUGAAUGAGACAAACAUGGAGGGAUUUCAAGACAACUUUUCAGGAAUGAUGCCGGAUAUGUUUACAUGGUAUCAGACGGAAAGUGCUGUUCCAAGAAUCACAUGCAACUCUAAAGGAAAUGCCUUAGAAUUCAGCAGAAAUGGAGAAAAGAGAUUUGCAGAAACUUGGGACUAUCAUAUAAAACCAUCCACCUUCCUGCAGUUUGACAUUGCUAUGGGAUGUGACUCUCUUUCCAGUAGCCUGUAUGGAGUUCUGCUUGAGUAUUCUACAGAUAUGGGUAAAAACUGGAACCCAGUUGUCCAGGAAUGUACACCACCGAAAUUUGAGUGCACUGGGUACCACUUACAGAGUGACUUUAUGUCUGAUCAACAUAGAAAUUGGACACGAAUUUCAGCGUACCUUCCUAACGGUGCUGUUUCUCCAGCCACACGAUUUAGAUGGCAACAACAUAGUCAAAGUAACCGUGGGAAUGUUUGGGCUCUUGACAAUGUGUAUCUAGGAGAUGGUUGUCCAUGGUUGUGUUCAGGCCAUGGUUAUUGUGAUAAAGGAGCAUGUGUAUGUGAUGAUGGAUAUAGUGGAGAGUUUUGUGUACCCUCUAAACCUCUUCCUAUGAUGUUAAGGGAUGACUUUAACCGUGAAAAGCCCAUGAAUGAUAACUGGUUAGAGGUAUAUGGUGGUCAGCUUACAAAACAAUGUGGAACAUUAGUCAGUGGAAAUUCUUUAACUUUCACUGAUGAUAAGCUCAGAAUGGCAGUUACAAGAGAUUUGGACACCAGUAUGUUGAACACAAUAGAAUUUGACUUCUUGUAUGGCUGUAAAGGAAAGAAGAUAGAAUGGUCUCGUAAUCAAAGUGUUUUAUUACAGUAUUCCAACAAUGGAGGGAUAACCUGGAAUCUUGUCAAGGAGCUACAUUAUCCCAAUGUCACAAAGCCAAGAUUUUUUAGUCUUGAAUUACCAGUAAAAGCACGACACAAUUCAACAAGGUUUAGAUUUUGGCAACCAUCAAAUGAAGGGAAAAUGCAGUCUACAUGGGCUAUAGAUAAUUUGUUUAUUGGACGAAUGACCAUGAAUCCAAGCUCUAUGUCGGAUGAUUUCAACACAAAUAUAAAUUCUGACUCCUGGUUGUUUGUAAAUGAGGGAGAAAUUGGUUCCUAUUGUGAACAAAACACCAGAUCAGAUACAGAGGGUGCUGGGGAGUCCGCUUUAGUAUUCAAACAAGGCUUAGAUCAAGGCGAGAACUCAGUUAUAACUCGAGAUUUAGAUGUUGGUCCAAUGUCUGUCUUGCAGUUUGAUAUUAAUGUUGGUUGUUCGUCAGAAGCCACUCACAAAUAUCCUGUAAGAUUAGAGUAUUCAGCGGAUGGUGGUAAAACAUGGCAUUUAGUUAUACCAAAUUGUGCCACAGAGUCAUACACUAAUUGUCACGAUAGUCUUCUACAUCCCAGUAUAUUUUAUGGCGGAACUUCAAAAUAUUGGAGGAGAAUUGUCAUACCUCUUGACAGUCUAUAUGCUUGUGGGUCUUUGAGAUUUCGUUGGUACCAGGGUGUGAUCCCAGCAGAUGAUUAUGGACCUCAAUGGGCGUUAGAUAAUGUGUUUGUUGGUAUGUCAUGUAUGCAGCACUGCUUAGGGAAAGGGGAAUGUAGCAGCACGAUGAUGUGUUCAUGUGACAGAGGCUUUAAUGGUGAUGUUUGUGAGCCUGAACAAUUGUUUCCUGAAUAUUUGAAAGAAGGUUUCCCCUUAGUUGAUGGUUCAAAUGAUAUUCCAGAAAGUCUUCAGCUUUUAGAUUCCUUUGUGAGCCCUCACAAGAUUGUUGAUGAGAAGAAGUGGGACAUAUGGUCAGGUGGAAUUGUUUCAAAAGACUGUGAUCUUCUCGUUGAUAAAAACAGCCUUGUGUUUAAAGGGACAGGAGAAAGGGUCCUCGUUACACGAGAACUUAAUCUAUUGAAAGCCACGACGGUACAGUUUUAUUUAAGACUAGGAUGUAGUGAUUCUACCCCUAACCCACUGACACCUCCUGUGUAUGUCCAGUAUAGCACAAAUGGAGGCAUCAACUGGCACACCAUACAACAGUUUGAUUUCAGUCCUGACAGUCAUAAACCAUUUUAUGUGGUGUUGAAUUUUCCACCAAAAGCACAAUCACCAUCUACACAGUUAAGAUGGUGGCAGCCAUCACAGCAUGGAGAGUUUUUGGAACCCUGGGCUAUAGAUGAGAUAUAUAUUGGUGGUGACAAUGAAGGUGAGCAAAUGCUAGCAGACCACCCAACUUCACCUAAAGACCCUAAUUGGCUUUUAAACCCGGGUGCUGUUAUAAAACCAGUGUGUGGCAAAGGUUUUGAUGCAAUAGAUUUUGUUGGUGGUGAGAAGUAUAGAUUUGCAGUCACAGCUGAUGUUGUGGUACAGGAGGGUACAAUUUUACAGUUUGAUUUAUCCAUGGGAUGUUCAGAUCCUAAACAUUGUUUCGGAAUAUACGUAGCAUACUCCGUCAAUAAAGGUGUUACAUGGGAACCACUGUGGAAGCCUUGCUAUCCAUCAAAUAUAGAGUGUAACAAAGUCAUCAGGACAGACAAUGCCUAUAUGUCAGAUUAUAAUUGGGGCUGGAAUAGACACACAAUAUUGCUUGGGUUCCAUACAAGGUCACAAGAAACACGAUUUUUGUGGUACCAACCUGAUGGCUUCAAUGUAAAGGAUACAUGGGCUAUAGCCAAUUUAUACAUUGGAACACAUUGUCCAACAUUAUGCAGUGGACAUGGAAAAUGUACAGAAUAUGGUUGCAUAUGUGAUGAGGGUUGGUCAGGAAGUUCAUGUGACAGUGCUUUGACAGCUUUACCAGACUAUCUGUAUGAUAAGUUUGAGGUGGAAUCAGAUGAUUGGUUUAAGAGUGUUGGCGGAAAGCGUGUUACACCAUGUAAAACAAUGGCAUCUGGGCUGGCAUAUCAUUUCACUGGGAACUGUUCACGUAUUUUGACAUCUCAUUACCUUGAUCUCAGUGAUGCAGCAUUCAUUCAGUUUAACUUCAUGUAUGGAUGUUUGUCACCUCCGGACAAUCUAGACGAGAGCGUAACUAUUGGUUUCUCUACUGGUGCCGAUGCUUGGACUAGUAUUUCAACAUUGCACUUUCUAAACUACCGAAAUCCCACAUUUGUCACCUUGCAACUACCGCAGGAAGCCAAACAGAAUGGUACCCAAAUAACAUUCACACAGCUUCAGCAUAGCGGAUUAAAUCAAGAUGAUUGGAUUAUUGAUAAUUUACGUGUUGGCGGACAUUUAAAAAACCCAGACUCUAUGAUGAGUGACUUUGUCCCAGGCAUAGAUCCAGCACAGUGGUACACAUUUGAUAAUAUAAAAACUGAUGAUUAUUGUGACUGGGAGAAUGUUGCAAUUGGUAAUACGCAUGAUGAAGAAAGUGCAUCUCUUACAACUCAAGACCUACAUGUAGGGUCAAACUAUAUGCUACAGUUCUGGUAUAAUGUUGGAUGUAUGCGACAAUGGAAUAUUUCAGUAGCACCAGUACAUCUACAGUAUUCUACGGACUAUGGUAUGACAUGGUCGUAUAUUUUACGACAGUGUCUGUCCAAUGAUCCAGUUUGUCCACAAGGUACUUCUAUGGCAAGUGUGUACUAUGGUGAUCCUAUGGGCACUUGGCAACGUGUUACAAUCCCACUUGAAGGAAUGACUAUCUCAAAUUCAACAAGAUUCCGCUGGCAACAACGUCCUGUAGAUGAUGAACACAGUGUUGUUGACUUUGGUUUAAGAGAUAUAUAUAUUGGUCCAGCGUGUGAGGAUCUGUGUAAUGGUCAUGGUGUAUGUCGACCAAACAACUAUCCAGCAUGUGUCUGUGAUGAUGGUCAUCAUGGUCGUAACUGUUAUCCAUGGAAAGUAAACAAUCCGACGGAGUUAAAGGAUACAUUUGAUAGUGAAGGUAUAGACAAGUCAAAAUGGUCUCUGAUACAAGGUGGAACAAUACAAGAACCAUGUACUCAACUAGUGGAAGGUACAGCUCUAGUACAGAAUGGUCCAGGUCUGAGACAAGUUGUCACUACUGAUAUGGACCUCAGGGAUGCAAAAUUUGUCCAGUAUACAGCUACAAUAGGAGGUGAGAGCAACUUGGAUGAUUGCUUUAAACCGUACAGACGAGACCAAAGCGUUAGUCUACAAUAUAGUAUAGAUGGUGGUAUUCACUGGAACACUUUACAUACACUUGAUUAUGCGAGUUACCUAAAACCAAGACGUGACUAUAUUCCCCUGCCACAAGAGGCAAGGACUCGUAGUACUAAGAUCAGAUGGUGGCAGUUGCUGUCAGAGGAUACAGAGAGGCCCCCUCCAGCAUGGGCUCUUGAUGAUGUUUAUAUUGGAGGUCAUGAGAUAAACCCAGCAAAUAUUGAAAUAAAUUUCAAUGAAACUUUGAUGUUGAAUGAUCAACCAUGGGAGUUUUCUCCGUAUGGACAUAUAGGAGCUGAGAUUUGCAAGAAAGAUGAUAGUGUUAUAAUGUGGGAUGAAGGAAACGGAACGAGAGAAUUUACAACAAAACAACUUAUUGUACAGAUGAACUAUUUACUGCAGUUUAAGAUUUCUGUAGGGUGCGAUAAAACAUUCAAUGUCUGCCAGCCUCAUGCACCUGUCAAGCUUGUCUUCAACAAAAAUCCUAGUCACGAUAAAUGGUAUGAAGUUAUACCAUUGUGCUUGCCCGAUAUAAACAGACGUAUGGAUUGUUUACCCAACAAGUUUCACGCUGCUAGCGAGUACUGGGCAGAUACACAUCCAACAUGGACUCGAGUAACUAUCAAACUACCGGAAAAAACAUUCUCAAGCACAACUCGGUUUAGAUGGAUACAGGAUUCAGUGGAUAAGACGGCACCAAGUUGGGCAUUAGAUGAUAUAUAUGUAGGGGAGACAUGUCCAAGCAUGUGUCAUGGCCGGGGAGAUUGUGCUGGAGGAAAAUGUAUCUGUGAUACUGGAUAUAUAGGUUCAUCUUGCAUGCCUGGAGAGAAACAGAAAAGUCGACUGUUUGAUUCAUUUGAGGGCGGAGUGUAUACAUCACACUGGGAUGUUGUGUCGGGUGGUGGUAUUGGAUUUGGAUGUAAAGCAUUGCUUCCAUAUGCCCAUGGUAAAACACUUUACUUUAAUGGCUGUGGUAUUAGGGAGGCAAGGACAGUGGAAAUGGAUCUAACAACUUCAAGCAAAAUAAUGUUUGUUUUACAAAUUGGUUGCCGGGCUCAAACACCAGAAUGUAAUGUGAAAACAGGAGACAUGUCAAAUUAUAGAGGUGUAUUGCUACAGUAUUCGUCCAAUAGGGGAGCAGACUGGAUAUUGAUAGCACGACACGACCCUGGAGAACAUCUUGUGCCACGUAGAUUAGCAUAUGAUAUACCACAUCAUGCACAUGUUGAAGGUGUUCAACUUAGAUGGAUACAACCAGUUCAUGGUGGACAGGGAUUUGAUCAAUGGGCAAUAGAUAAUGUAGAAGUUGUGCCAGGUAGAAGCUACAGAAGAUAUUACAGAAGAAGGAGACAUCUUGCUCAAAGCUAAAGUCUAAUCUACCAGUGUAGAUAACAUUAAAUGUGUCUAACAUAUGCAAAUUAUUCACGAUAUUUGGAGACUGAAAUAUUUUAUAUGACUUUCAUGAAUGCUUUAUCAACUUCAUAAAGAAUUGUAAUAAAAAAGUAUCUUGCUUUGUACAUUUUGAAA